ACAUGGAGUCUACGCCUCUAGUAGCAGGCAAUGAUCAAGAAGAGAAGUCUAAACUGGGAAACCUCCUCAAAGCCAACGUUGUGUUUCUGGUUUUUCAUUUGGCUGUCAAUAUCCACGAGCCAUUGGUAACACAAUAUCUGUACACCAGGUUCUCGGAUGAGCUGUUCGGUAACAGGACAGUCCACGCUACAAACCAAACAUCAGCGUGUUAUCUCAACGAGUCGGAUCCAGGAUACAUAUUACAAGAAAAGGUUCAAGAAAGAACAUCAAACUUUCAGACGGUACUGACGGCUAUAUCAAGCUCUAUUCUGCUCAUAAGCUGUAUGUUUCUCGGGUCAUAUUCUGAUUUUCUGGGUCGAAGGUUUCUUUUCAUUGUACCUUUAAUCGGAGAGUUUUUGAGAUAUAGCACGUUGACUGUUGUUAUAUGCUGGGAUCUGGAUUUGAGGUACAUGUACAUUGGUGAGGUGCUUGAAGGUAUCAGUGGAGGGUACCAUGGUGUGAUUCUGGCCAGUUAUGCCUACACGGCUGACAACACACCACCUAAGAAUUCCAGGACAGUUGGAAUCGCUGUGAUAGAUUUCACCUCCAACCUAUCUUCUGCAAUCUCACAGCUCAUGACUGGAUACUUCAUCAAAGACACAGGAUUCCUUUAUCCCUCUUUGACUACUUCAUCACUCAUGCUUCUCUCUGUCAUCAUUGUCGUUGCUCUUCUCCCAGAAACUAUCAACACAGAUAGAAGAUCCCAAUACCCAUCUCCGGUGAAGGCGGUGAAGAAUGUCUUUGGAUUCUACUUUUCAAAAGAUUUUGGACCAAAGAGAAGUCUUUUCUGGCUUUCAACUGCAGCAUAUUUUUUAAUAUAUUUUAAUAAGGGUGGUAUUUACAUUGUAGAAUAUCUUUUCCAACUGAACCAGCCAUUUUGUUGGGGCCCAGAACUCAUCGGCUAUUUCAAUAUGGCGUUGGCCCUCUCCAGACAAUUUCUAGGAAUUCCAGUCAUCAAACUCUUCCAUCUGUGCACUUCCGACCCUGUGAUAUGUAUCAUAACAUCCCUUAUACAAGCAGGAGCCUAUGUCCUAGAGGGCCUGGCCGACACUAACUUCAUGCUUUUUGCAGCUGCUUUGCCAAAUGGUAUUGCUUCCCCUCUGCUCCCGGCAGUGAGAGCUAUCAUGUCAAGGAUGGCGCCUGCGGAAAUGCAGGGAUCACUGUUUGCAGGGGUUGGGCUAAUGAACAUCCUCUCAGCAGGUUUAGGAGUGACAGCUUUCAACCAGAUGUAUGAUGCAACUGUGAAGAUAUUCCGGGGUUUCGCCUUCCUCGUCUGUGCUGCUUGUCAUUUGUUGGCGAUAGUUAUCAUAGUGGUGUUUCUGUGUUUGUCACGCCGCACUAUCGACAUUAAUACCUCCACCAAUGUUGUCAACAAUGACUCCGAUCAGUGACACGAUGAUGUGAUGUCAUUGGAUGAUGCUUAUGGAUAGAGAAGACAUACACCCAGAGCAUAACGUGAACCUAUUUUGAUACAGUGAUUCUAUGGUAGUCCAGACACUUCCGGGAUGAUUACCGUCGAGAGUCUCCUUAUUAUUGGAAUACUGUAUUAAGUGAAAUUUGAAGUUUGACUGGUGCCACAGGUGCAGCGGGUUACGCUCCCCUUUCCACGAAAACCCGGUAUCAUCUAUAUAUUGAUAGUGCUUCAUAAACACAAGUCGGAACUGAAAUAUCAAUUCCGCGCUUUCAGAAGAAGUUCCUCAUGGAUGUGGAAAUGGUUUUGCCGCUCAGGUUAAUCAACAGAGAUAGUGCCCCAAUCGUGACAGUUUGGAGUAUCUUUUAAUUCAUGUCAGCAUUCUUCUCUUUUAGCCGUUACUCCGUCUAAAUUAGCUAAUGCUCAAGUCAGUUGACUCAGUGAUAUGUAUUACGUUUACAAACAAAUACCCGAUUAGAAUGUUCUCUUGAUUAAUUUGGGUUGUUUUGUCUGUUUGAUUUAUUUUUAUAUUAUUAUUUUUCAUUUUAUUCAAUUUUUUAAAAAUAAUUUAAUUUUUUUUUUUUGUUGGGGGGAGAGGGGGAUUGGGUGUGCAUAACACAUGACUCCGUAACUAUGAUAAUGAGUGUUCAACAUAUAUAGUGGAUUAAUGAAAUAUAUAUGCAAAAUGUCUGGUCCAAAAUAUAUUCGACUAUAUACAAAUUAAUAUUGCUAAGCGAGGCAUUAUACAAGAAACUUACCAACCAAAUAAAUAUAAUUUAAGCAUUUUCCAAAGCGGUCCUGUAUUGCGACAUCAUAUAUCCUUUGAUCAGGUUUUGGUAAAAUCACCUUUUUCUAUCAUAGCCCAUACUUUCCUUUUCCCUGCUGUUUUUCUGCCACAAACUAGGAACAUGGAUUGUAGAUUUAAAACCCAUUCCGAGUAAAAGCACUGAAGAAUA